AUUUGUGUUGUUGUUUGUGGCGGUAAGAUGGCGGCGCUCGGAGAUGCAUCAACUCCGGGGGUGAACGGGUUAAUACAACAAUUCACAGCGAUAACAGGGGCCACAGAGAGUGUAGGAAAACAUAUGUUGGAAGCAUGCAACAACAACUUAGAAAUGGCAGUCACUAUGUUCCUGGAUGGAGGGGCCAUCGCAGAGGAGCCCAGCACCAGCUCCAGCUCAACAGGGGCUUCAAGCAGUCGAGGGCCACCUGCAGAUGAAGUAAGAGCGCCCAUUCCCCAGAAGCAGGACAUAUUGGUGGAACCAGAGCCUUUGUUUGGAGUGCCAAAGCGGCGAAGACCUGCCCGAUCCAUAUUUGAUGGCUUCCGGGACUUCCAAACAGAAACAAUCCGCCAGGAGCAAGAGCUGCGUAACGGUAGCCUGGUGGAUAAGAAAUUGAGCACCCUGGCAGACCUUUUCCGUCCCCCUAUUGAGCUCAUGCACAAAGGCAGCUUUGAGACGGCAAAAGACUGUGGACAGCUAGAGAACAAAUGGCUGAUGAUCAACAUCCAGAAUGUACAGGACUUUGCCUGCCAGUGUCUAAACAGGGAUGUGUGGAGCAAUGACGCAGUCAGGACCAUCAUCAGAGAGCACUUCAUAUUCUGGCAGGUAUAUCAUGACAGUGAGGAGGGACAGCGAUACAUCCAGUUCUACAAGCUGAACAAGUUCCCCUACAUCUCCAUCCUAGAUCCCCGCACAGGUCAAAAAAUGGUGGAAUGGAACCAGCUGGAUGUGGCAUCCUUUCUAGAGCAGGCAACUGGCUUCCUGGCAGAGCAUGGGCAGUUAGAUGGGCCAUCCUGCCAUGCACCCCCUGCCAAACGAGCUCGCUCUGAGAGUCUGAUUGAUGCCAGUGAGGACAGCCAGCUGGAGGCCGCCAUUCGAGCCUCCCUUCAGGAGACCCACUAUGAGUCCUCUUCCAUCCCGGCAGUCCCAGACUCCCCCCGAUCAGAUGAUGACUCUGACGCAGAGCCUUUCUCCGACAGUGAGGGGCCCAUCUCCGUCGACGGUUCAGACAACGAAACACCAGAGCCCCAGGAAGAGAGGAGCUCCUCCAGCAGACACACUGUUGCCCCUUCAACUGCCGCAGUCCCCCAGCCCCGCUGCGCUGAUAGCCCCCCUUCCUGCCACAGAAAGUCCCCUUACAAAGAAAAUAACCACAGCCAUAGGAAAGAGGACAGCAAAAAGAACCACUUGGAGCCUCCCGCUGCAGGGCCAAGUCGUUCUCAGCCUGACCCAGACUCUGGAGAGAACCAUUGUAGCACAACAGCCCAGAACGCUGGGCCUUCCCAGCCCAGCACAACCGAACCCAGUGACUCUGAAUACCUUGAUGACAAUGGUCCUAAGGCCAGGCUGAUGCUUCGUUACCCAGAUGGACAGAGAGAGCAAAUUUCCCUGUCAUCCAAAGCCAAACUUAUGGCCCUGGUAAGACAUGUCCAGUCCAAGGGUUAUCCCAACGAACGCUUCGAGCUCGUCACUAAUUUCCCCAGACGGAAACUCGCCCACUUGGACUAUGACAUCACAUUGCAGGAGGCAGGUCUUUGUCCACAGGAGACUGUAUUUGUUCAAGAGAGGAAUUAGACCUCAUGUUGUUUUCCUGCCUAUCUCUGGUAGACCUCACCCUGUCACCAAUGACCUUGGAUGAUGUUGCUGGCCUUGACCCCUUAAACUUUUGCUCUUCCGGAAUUAGGCCCCCUGUUGGCAGGACACUUGUAGUGGAUGUACUGCUUAUUCCACCAUUCCACUCUGGACUGAAUGCAGAGGUCUCAACCAAAAGCUUGAACUCUUUAUAGUGUUCAGCAGCUGGCCAGUAGGGUGUUCUUGAAGCCAGCAAUGUUUCAUUUUCUUUUACUAUGUGAUGUAUUCUAUUCUGAUUUAGCAUACAUUUUCUUUUGUGAUUUUUCAAGCUAAUCAGGAUAGAAAAACAUUUGAUAUUAGUUACAAGAAAAGGAAAAGCCCAAAAUAAUGGAUCACUGAUAACUGAGGCACUGGGAAUUUGUAAAAAGACUUUUACCUCCCAUAAAGUAUGUCAAAUGUCAGAAUAUAUUUUCUAGUUUUGUUAUUUUCUGUACCUGGGGACAGGUAAAGGAGGGCUUUUUUUUAAACCUGAACAACUAUUUGUCCCGAAUGUGGUUUAUCUCCUGCUCACUGGUCAAGGCAAAAGUCUAAAUUGUUAGGGGAGGGAAGGGGCACUGAGAUAUUUGGUCUAUAAAUGGCAAAUCUGUUUGAACGUGGCUACUAUCCUGUGGACACGUGGACUUAAAGGGUGAUUGCGGUAUUUUUAAACCUGGGUCCUAUUUUCCCAUCAUUUGGAGUCUCAAUGACCAAUAGGGACAAUUUUCUUUUGGAAAUAGAAUCAUUUUUUAUUGGCCAUGUAGGUUUGCACAUGCAUGGAAUUUGACUCCGGUUUCGUGGCUCUCGUUGUACUUAACAUCGAAUAACAACACAAGAAUCGUCAGAUAUAUACACAAGGAUUGACUAUAUACAGGCAAAGUAAGAGGCGAUAAAGUGCAAGGGUGCAGAGAAUAUUCUGAAAAUGCUUAAAUACAUGUUAGCAAGUUACUUGCAUACAUGCCUGAGGUAGAUGGACAUGACAGAGUGUACCAGUAUAUGUACAAUGUACAGUACAGUAUACACAAAAUAGUUGGAUUUAUUUGACGAUGUUAAGCAUUCAUUUGAAUGACAGCCCACGGAAAGAAACUUUUUAUAUCUGUUUUGGGGUACAGUGCUCUGUAGCGCCUACAGGAGGGGAGCAGUCGGAACAGGUUGUGACCAGGGUGUGAUGUGAUAUUGCCUGCCCGUUUCCUGAAUUGGAAUUGGUCCAUUAUUGAGCAAGAAUGCUUAAGCCAGCAGCCACAAAACGGGCUGUGAUCUAAUCCUUUAGGGCAAUUACGCCCAUCAAAGUCCAUCCACUAAAAAGUACUUGUUUUUGCCAGUGACAGGCUCAGACUUUUAUUAUAAAUGUCUUCUGCUGUGGUGACCCCUAACGGGAGCAAGCAAAAGCAGUAGUAGUAGUAGUAGUAGUAGUAGUAGUUCCAGUCUCUGUUGUAAAAUCCCUUUUACUGCUGCGACUGUUUGCAUGUGGGGGUGUGGUUUCGUAUGUUAUAAAAGAAGAAGUCACGCUGAAUUUUAUCGGAGCUGACCAUUCAUUUGAGGUAGCAUAGCCUGGGACAUAGAGGAACUGCUAACAGUAAUUUAUUUCCAAAGUCAUGAUUGAAUAUUUAAUAGCUGAUUUCGAUAAUGUGGAUGUGGCAUUAGAAUUUGAUGGCCGCCCAUAUUUAUUUGAGCCUGAGUAUAUGGAUGAAGAGCUGCUAAAAAUUGAAGUGAGGACGGGGGGGCAACAGGCAGAGGAGGGUGAACCGGCUUCUUUCGCUGGCAGUAGUCAUCGACCAAAACCAGCCAUCGGUCGCUGGCUUCAUAUGCCGGUUUCAUAUGCAUAUGAAACCGAUCGCGGGUUUCAUAAACAGGACGCGGCGCUAGAUCAAAUCAAUAGGACGGGCAUUUGAUUUUCAUGGGCGGGCACAAAUUCACCACUGUAAUUGCAAAAUAGCAACAGCACCACUGCAUGCGCGCUGCCGCAUUACACAGUACUUAAAUGUUUUUGUUUAUUGAAAGUGUUUAACAAUUAUUAUUGUUGUUAUAAUACUACUACUAAUGCUACUAAUAAUAAUAAUUAAUUACUAACAACAGGCUGCAGCAACCCCCUGCGAAAUUUGCGCAAAUAGUAACAGCACCACUGCAUGUGCA